AUGUCAUCAGUCCGCUUCCUCAACGAACAGAACCCCUUCUGGGACUUCAUCGCCGGCCUCGACGGCUCCAACGCCAACCACCCCUUCUCCAACGCCUACAACCCCGAGUCUCGCCAACCUCGCGGUCCGCCUCCCGAGUACGGCUGGCCUGGUGCCUCAGACCACCAUGAUGGUCCACCGCCGCACCACGAGGGACCGCCACCACCCCAUCACUCGGGACCACCUCCCCCAGAGCACGAAGAUCCUCCUUCUCCUCCGCCACCGGGUCCCCAUGACCACCCCUUCGGUCCCGGCUUCCCCUUUGGCGGACGCCGCGGCGGUCCUCAUCACGGAGGACAUCAUGGACAUCACGGUGGACCACACGGCCACGAACGUCGUGGCGGCUGGGGUGGACGCGGUCGUGGUGGCUGGGGUGGUCGCGGCGGACGCUGCGGUGGCGAACGUGGCUCUAACCCCUGGGCCGCCGGCGGCAACUUCGACAUGAGCAAACUAGCAGACUUCAUUUCGCAAUUCGUGCCCGAGGACGUGCUCUCCAACAUCGCCCCCAGAGACAAUACCGCCACCACCAGCAAGGAAGCGGCAACCACCAACAACAAAGAUUUUACCCCUCCCGCUGACAUCUUCGACACCCCCGACGCCUACGUCGUGCACAUCUCGCUCCCCGGUGCCAAGAAAGAAGACGUGGGCGUGAACUGGGACGCCGACAAGAGCGAACUCAACGUCGCUGGCGUCAUCUACCGCCCCGGCAACGAAGAAUUCCUCAAGACCUUGGCGCUGGAUGAGCGAAAAGUGGGGGUCUUUGACCGAAAAGUGAAGCUGGGCAGUAAAGCAAACCCUGCGAACGUGGAUGCGGAUUCCAUUUCCGCGAAGAUGGAGGAUGGGGUGUUGUUGGUUACGAUCCCGAAGACGGAAGAGUUUGUGGAUGUCAAGAAGGUCGAUAUCGAGUAG